ACGUAUCCAAAAUGGCUGCCACGCUGUCAUUUCGCUGGUUGGAAAUUCUCGAGAAAGAAUUUGACAAGGCUUUUGUAGAUCUUGAUUUGUUGCUUGGAGAAAUUGACCCAGACCAAUGUGAACUAACAUUUGAAGGCAGGCAGAAAAUGACAGCGCUCAGUGCUGCGUUUGCUCAGCUUUGCCACAAAGCCCAAACAGUCUUUCAGUGCAAUGCUAAACUUGAGGCUCAACUCGUGGACAUGCGGUCAGACAUUGUUGAAAUACAAGCAGCCAAGGCUGUGAUUGAGAAGGAGCUCCACACACUGCUGCUGCAGCUACACUCCUCACAGCUCCAGAUGCAAGCACUCAGAGGCAUGGAGGUGGAUUCAGAAGACAUAAAGCGCAAGCUGGAAAAUGAACUGGAGUCCCGAACAGCAGACUUGAUGGGAAUGGCUCGUCUUGAGGUUGAAUUGAAGGAGUUAAGAAAAGAAAACUCUGAGCUACGCCAGUAUAUUCUUGCCCUACAGAGUGAGGUGUAUGGAGCUAGGUUAGCAGCAAAGUAUCUGGACAAGGAGCUUGCAGGAAGGAUUCAGCAGAUCCAGCUCCUGGGACGUGACAUGCGGGGAUCGGAACACGACAAGCUGUGGAACCAACUGGAGGCUGAGAUACAUCUACAUCGACACAAGACAGUCAUCCGGGCCUGCAGGGGGCGCUCCAACAGGAAGAAGAGGCUGCCUGUACCACCUGGACAUGAUUUCCAGUCACUGAAGAGAAAGCAUGGUUUAGGAGAAGCUCGAACUAUCAAAUUGACAAAGAGUGCUGACGAGGGCCUCGGAAUGUCCAUUACAGGAGGAAAGGAACAUGGAGUCCCCAUCCUCAUCUCAGAGAUCCACGAGGGCCAACCUGCUGACAGAUGUGAGAGCCUCUUUGUCGGGGACGCAAUAUUGUCAGUGAAUGGUAUUGACCUGAGGCAGGCCAAGCACUCAGAAGCUGUACAAGUCCUCUCUAAGCAGCAAGGGGAGAUAACUAUGGAAGUGAUGUUUGUGGCCCCUGACGAGGACAGCGAUGAUGAGAACAAAGAGUAUGAAGACGAACAUGGUUUUAGAUACAGGAUAUACGAUGAUGAGGUGAUCAGCGACAACAGCGAUGUCAGUCGGACAGAGACACCAUCUUCCGCAAGACCGAUGACAAAUGGCCCUACUACUCCACCUGGGGGCGCUAAACCCGUCAGUCAAUCAGACAGUGGCAGCAGCCCUGGGGCCAGUGGCGUACAGAAAGUGUCUAUCGGUCAAAUCCAGCCAAACAGUAUACAACACCUGCAGGCCGGGCACAAGGACGCAGCUUUCAGUGGGAACCACUAGGACAAACUUGACCACUGAACAUACACCAUGGGUGGUCAUUCUGACUGAGUGUACAAUACCAACAGAUGGAAGACAAGCAAAAUAUGAACAACUCACAUUAUUUAAGAAAUCCAUCAUCUGACCUUGAACAAAUACGCAGUCUUCAAUGGGGAACAACUGUGCAUGCCGCUCUCUAAACGUUGGAGCAAGGCUGGAAUCUGUAACAAGGCUUCAGUGAUACAUUAUGUUAGUAGCUGACCUUGGUGGGUCAAGGUUUACAGGGGAGAUCACUGAGACAUCAUUUUUCUAAAAGGGGGAUAACUGGUCUCUCACUUGAUCUUGAGCAAGAUGUAUACAUACUGAGGCAUCACUGUAUUUUUUAAGGGGGAUAACUGAGGCAUCACUAUGUCUAUAAAGGGGGAUAACUGAGGCAUCACAAGGUCUUUAAAGGGGGAUAACCGAGGAAUUGCUAGAUCUAUAAAGGGGGGCUAGCUGAGGCAUCACAAGGUCUAUAAAGGGGGAUAACUGAGGAAUUGCAGGUCUUUAAAGCUGUAUAACUGGGGCCGUAUCCUCAAACAAAAAUAAUAUAGGUAGGCAAUUUUGGACUGAAUCCGUUUUGUACAUUGUAUCUUAUGUAUGACUUGUUGGGAAAUGAGGUUUGUUGUGUUUAAUUUUUAGGGCAGUGAAUCAGGGCUCUGUUAUAAUACACAUCACUGUGUAUCAAACUAGGUUACAUAGGUGGGCUAGCAUAUCAAUCUAUGACUUGAGCCAGCUUAUGAAAGUUGAUAUAUAAAAAGUGAAAUAUACCAGUAUAUUGCACAAACUGAUAUGUUGAUAUUUAUAACAUGGGCUGACACUGACCAACAGUUUGACACUUCAUGAAGUCUUACCACUUCACCAACAGUAUCUGCCCUGUCCUAGCUUCAUAGUCGCAUACGGGGCGGUCGGGUUCAUUCGUCACACUGAAGACCCGGGUUCGAUUCCCGACAUGGGUACAAUGUGUGAAGCCCAUUUCUGGUGUCCCCUGCCGUGAUAUUGCUGGAAUAUUGCUAAAAGCGGCGUAAAACCAAACUCACUCACUCACUCAUAGUCGCAUACAAGAACACACCACACACACCGAUCAGACCUUGUUUAAAGAUGCCAAGUAUCACUGAAGAUUAUAAGAAUCCUGCGAAGCUAUUUACCACAUCCCUGUAUGUCACCACAUCAAUUCUUCUACACUGCAAGACCUGUUGUUUUAGCAUUAAAUGCGCAACUGAAUUGUUAAUCAUUGUUUGUCAUUGUUAAGAGCCUGUUACAGUGUACCAAUACCAGUCAAUACUUCCUCCUCGUUCAGCUUACUGUGAUAAUCAAAUGGAUCUUGUCAGAAUAUGUACAUUGCUAAGGCAUGCAAUAAAACACUUAGUGGUCAGUUGUCACUGUGUGUCUCCUGGUGAUUUGGUACCAACAAACCAAGCUGUUUGAUGCUGCUGUAUGUAAUAAGGCAGGGAGUAAUGUUACACUACUGACUCGGGACUGAAGUCACAAUCUGUUUCACAAAUUGGCUGAUUAUUGGUUCAGAACCUGGUACUUAUUGUUCCAUAUCAAUUAUUGAUAAUUAUUAAAUGUAUGUGUAAAUGUCUUGGUUACCACGGAGACGUACAUGGCGCCAGUGAUGCUGACCCAGAUCGAGUCCUGGAACAGUUACUUCCUUUGGAUUAUUGAGUCAAAUUGAGCCAGUUUUGUUGUGAUUAAUCCUCACAAAAAUAUGCUAGUCUUAGUGUGUGUUGGGCACAACUUUGUGUUUCACAAGCAAUAAGGAUUUAUCCACCAAUGGUCUUUUCUUCACACCGCUGGUGUGAGCGAGUAGAAUUUCAAGGGAUUUCACAUAGGAUUUUAACAUGGGACUCUUAAAGCAUAUACCGGGUAGUAUUUCCACUUAGGUUUUUGGAUUACUUUGGGGUCAGAUCUGGAGAGAUAUUUUGGUGUUUUGGGGUCACUAUCUCAAUGAAACUGUGGUUUCACUGUUAACACUUUGGAAACAGGAUUGCUUGAGGAUGUUGGUACAUUGUUACUCAGUGCAAUACAGCUAUCUUGUCAUUUGUAUUCGAUCGUGUCACAACAGUCAGCAGCUGUCUUGCCAUCCACGUUUCAGCCUGGAUCCUUAUAAUACAGACUGACUGAACAACUCAAUAUUAAUGGAGAUUAAUGUACUUUGAGAUUGGGAGAUUUAUUUUCAAAUUCACUUUUUAAAA